AUGUCCCUCAAUACCUCUGCCUCGGCUCCCAAAGCUUCCCCCGGCCCGAACGCUGACGACCCUCUCACUGACGAUGAGCUCGCCCUCCUACUGGCCGUCCCUCGCGCUGCAGAGUCUUCGCCCAAUUCCACCCUCUUCCGACUUCCCCUGGGACCUGACCCUACGAUGGGAUCGAUAGACGCCACCUGUGCUGAGGUUUGCUCGAUUAUUGCUCGCUUGGCUGAAUUGUGGCAGUCUAGGCUCCCCGAGCUGGUAAGCACGCGGGACCAACUCUGUGCAAACACACCCCUCGGGCCUGGAAUUACGAUAUGCAUCCUAGCCAAACCACUGUGUGGAGCUAUUUUCCACUUGCUUGCAUUCUGGUCGAUUGGGUGCACGAUCCAAUUUGUUUCGGUCGCAAUGGAACCCGACAUUAUAGAUAGUCAGCUCAAUCAGUCAGGGUGCAAGGUCGUUGUGUACUCGGGAUUUGACGAGAAAUGGAUAGAUGAGCGAAGCAAUCAUUUUCGAAGAGUAUUCAUCAAGCUUCCAGAGGAAGAGGAAUCAAGUUGGCUUAUACGAUCCGAGAAACAGAGACCAACCUUAGCGCCUCCUCCAUGGCCAACGCCUCGGCGCCCUACCCCAGCUCUCGUUUUACAAUCAUCGGGAACUACUGGAAAACCAAAAUUGUUAAGCUACCUACGAUCAAAAGGCUCAGGUAGCAUCUCCAAGAACCCACAUACGCACCCUCGCCUUGUCCUUGCUCCGCCAUACUGGCCAAGCUUCUACCGUUCGCUCUUCGUACAUCUGACUACUGCGACUCCUAUGGCUCUGCCUUAUGUAAAGGGCGUAGAUAGCCUGUCUCCCAGCAGAAUCAUUGGUUGGGCUACCGCACUAGAUGUGGGCGCGAUUGCAGCUUCAACGGGAUUAAUUCGCCAAAUACCACUCACCGCUUGGGAGGCUCAUGCAGACUUUUUUCGAAGUCUAUUCGACUUUACAAUAAGCGGCUCAUCGAUUGACUACCUAGCACCCGUGUUCGAACGUCUCAAAAUCCCCAUUACGAAUCUGUACGGGACUUCAGAGCUUGGGCGCCUAUUGUAUAGCACGGAGCCGCCUUACAGCUACCUUCAGCCGUACAAAGAUGCUCCUCCUCCUCUUGUGUUGCCGAUAUCGAAUUAUGCACCAGACGGUUCUAGGAAUGUUGAGCUCUGGUACUCUCCUCGGAACUCAUAUCAUCUCGCUCACUACCUUAUACACGGGGGUAUUCCACUCGAACUCGAACCUUUCCCCGGGGACGGGCCUCACAAAGGCGAACUUGCCAUGAAUAUGGGCGACGUAUUUCGGGAGAUCACCAUCGGAUGUAGCUCUGAACGUGCAUAUAUCCAUGUAGGGCGCCACAGUGACCAGAUUCGCCUUGGAGGGGCAGCACUCGGGAAUAUGAACGCUGCUUUAUACGAAAAUCGACUCAGAAGUGAAAUCGACAAUCGCAUUAGCCAACUUGGUAGCAGCCCCUGGGCGUUGGAUGCGAUUCAGCUCUUCGGUAAUAAUAUGCAGUGCACUUCACUGAUAAUUCAACUUUGUCCUAGCAGCUGUGCACCAAAAGACGGGCCCGAUGAGGCACUCAUUCAAGAACUGCACCAGUCUAUCGAGUGGUUGAACGAAGACCUGAAACUUAGCCAAGGCAAACGGGUCAAUGUGAACAAACGCACGUUAAUUGUGACUUCCGAUGGAGCAUUUGCACAUGGACCAGGCGCCGAUUCAUUGAUGUGUUCGGGCCUUUCCUUGAGUACGACCCAUAAACGUACACCAAAACGAUGGGAAAAUGUUUGCCGGUUUAAGCCUUGGCUGGAUGAUUUGGACUUUAGUGAUCCCUAA